AUUGCACAGAUGUGUAAGAAACAUGACACCAUUGGCCAGGACUUGGUUGCCAUGUGUAUCAAUGACAUCCUGGCUCAGGGAGCAGAGCCCCUCUUCUUCCUUGACUAUUUUGCCUGUGGGAAACUUGACGCUGAAGUGGCUCAAGCAGUCAUAGCGGGAAUAGCUGAAGCUUGUAAAAAGGCAGGAUGCGCUCUCUUGGGAAGAGAGAUUGCUGAAAUGCCAGGCAUGUAUUCGCCUGGAGAGUACGACCUCGCUGGCUUUGCAGUUGGUGCAGUGGAACGAGGCCAAAUGUUCCUGCAGCAGGAGAGAGUUGCUGAGGGGGAUGUCGUCAUUGGACUAGCUUCUUCUGGGAUUCACAGCCAUGGCUUUAACCUUGUAAGGAAGAUUCUCUUAAUGUCUUCCCUGCACUACUCGUCUCCAGUACCUGGUGGAUGUGGCGACCAGCCGUUAG